AUGGAGUUCUUUGCCAUAAUUCAGUCCCUAAAGUAUUGGCGUCACUACCUGGUACAAAGGGAGUUCAUUCUUAUCAUUGACCACGAAGCCCUGAAGUAUAUCAAUGGCCAUCACAAGUUGAGUAGGCGACAUACUAAGUGGGUAGCAUAUUUGCAAGAGUUCACAUUUUCGUUGAGGCACCAAUCAAGAAGUUUGAAUCGCGUAGCAGAUACUCUAAGCCGUCCUACGUUAUUCCUCACCAGCAUGAGCACCAGAGUUGCAAGAUUUGAGGUUUUCAGUGACAUGUAUGCAACAGAUCCUUCAUUUGUGAGGAUAUUUCGGGAGUUGUGCAUCCCAGACCGUUUACUGAGGCAGCAGAUUAUUAAUGAAUUUCCACUUUGGGUGAGGCAUCCCUUGCCUGUUCCUAAAGCCCUUUGGUUCGAUGUCAGUAUGGAUUUUGUGUUGGGCUUACCCCAGACCCAACGAUCCAUGGAUUCUGUUUUGGUUGUGGUUGACAGGUUUUUCAAGAUGGCGCAUUUUGUAGCUUGCAGGAUAACAAUGGAUGCUGCUCGGAUUGCUCAUCUUUACUUUAAGGAGAUUGUUUGUUUACAUAGUGUUCCCCAGUCAGUCACUUCAAAUCGUGACAUCAAGUUCAUGAGCUAUUUCUAG